AUGGCUGAAUUGCGCACAACUUUCCGAAAGGAAACAGAAGGUACUUUAUUUGUUGAAAUUAUUAAUAUGAGUGCGUUGGAGAAAGAGUUGUGUGACAAAUUACUGGGGCAGUCCCUUCAUCAGUAA